AACAACGCCUCCGUGCAGUGGAACGCGCCAAGCGUGGCUAGCGAUACGGUUUUUGUCUGUUUCCUCAAUUACUGCCCACCAUCUAUUGUCAUUCUUCCCGACGAAGCCCUAUCAGCCAAUCACCUCUGCUCCGUCGGUGUGCCGAUUUCCGAAAUGUCCAAACCAGUGGAAGCAUCGUUACCAGGGUACAUCAGUGUUGGUUUGCAGCUUGCCGCUCGAAAGGAAGGAUUUACCGAAGGCCGGUACCGCCUCGAAACCGAACCCGGUUCGAAUGUGGGCGAUGGAUUCUCGGGACAAAUGAUCAAGGUGUUUAUCCGCGAACCGGAUCGUAAAGUGACCGUGCUGUGUAAGGUCCUGCCAGAUAAUCAGAUGCGCAAAGAGCAGGGCGUACCCAUGUUUGAGCGUGAAACGGAGGCUUACGUCAAUGUGCUUCCCUUCUUGUUGGAGUUUCAACGCGGUAAAGCUCUCGAAUCCGGGUGUCCGCAGUUUGAUAAUGUGCCACGAUGUUACUUUGCUAAGACAUCCGUCGACACCAAGGAAGCGGUCAUUAUUAUGGAGGAUCUGAGGGCGCAAGCUUACCGUCUGUGGGAUAAAACCAAUACGGUUAACCUGGAGCAUGCCGAGCUGCUGAUGGCCACAAUCGGACGCCUCCAUGCCAUUUCAUUUGCUAUCAAGGAACAGUUACCGGAAAAGUUUGCCGAGUACACUGGGAAGCUUGUCGAUCCCAUGGCAACGUUGAUUCAAGCUGAAAAAAAUGGUGGUUUUCAUAGAACCAUGGCCACCAUGUGGCAGAGGGCGGUCGACGCGCUCGAACCACACGAUACCUUGCACCGUGAAAAGCUGAACCUGUUGAAGGAUCGUUGCUGUGCGGAGAUCAUUUCGUGCGCCGAGGCGAAGGCGGCAGAACCGUACGCCAUCAUUGGACACGGUGACUGUUGGUCAAAUAAUAUGAUGUUCCAGUAUGGUGACGAUGACAAAACGCCCCUCAACAUUAAGCUGAUCGACUGGCAGCUCUGUAGGUACUGCUCACCGGUGCUCGAUCUCGUGUACUUUAUCUUCAACUGCACCGACGAGAAACUACGUGCCCGCAGCUAUCAAAGGCUGCUCAAUGUGUACUAUAAUACUCUCGGUAUCCAUCUGCAUCGGUUGGGCGGUGACGUUGAACGACAGUUUCCCAGGAGUGCGUUCCAUGACCAGCUGAAGCAAUUCGGACGGUACGGAUUGGUAAUGUCGUUCCUGGUACUGCCGAUCAUUUGCACCCCGAACGACGAGCUACCGGACACCGACUCAGCCAUGGAAGAUCUAAUGAAGGAGAUCUCCGACGGGACCGGUACCGGUGAUUUUACGUACGGUACAACGGAAAAAGCGGCAACCCGGUAUAAAGAGAGAAUUUGUGGCACAAUUCGGGAUGUGAUUCGUUUAGGAGCUACCCUGAUUGCAAAUGGAUUCUAUGGCUUGGUAGCUCGGGAGCAGGGAUUCACCGACGGUAGUUAUCGCAUCGAGACAGAAUCCGGUUCAAAAGUGGGUGACGGUUUCGUGGGUCAGCUGGUGAAAGUGUUUAUCCGCGAGUCGGAUCGUGAACUGCUGGUACUGUGUAAGCUGCUACCAGAAAACGAAGUGCGAAGGGAACAGGGCGUACCCAUGUUUGACCGUGAAACGGACGCAUACGUGAUAGCCCUACCCAUGUUGUUGGAGUUUCAACGUAAGAAGGCCCUUGACACCGAGUUCCCGCAGUUCAACAAUAUACCCCGCUGUUACUUUGCUAAGACAUCCACCGACGCCAAGGAAGCGGUCAUUAUUAUGGAGGAUCUGAGGGAGCAAGGUUACCGCAUGUGGGAUAAAACGAACACGGUUAAUCUGGAUCAUGCCAAGCUGCUGAUGGCCACACUUGGACGCCUUCAUGCCCUUUCGUUCGCGAUCAAGGAACAGUCGCCGGAAAAGUUUGCAGAGUGUGCUUCGAAGCUACCGGAUCCUAUGGCUAAGUCAAUGGCAGACGGUCAAUUCGAAGCGUUCGAUAAGAUUUUGGAUAGUUUGUGGGAAAGAGCGCUUGGUACACUGGAACCGCACGAUACCUUCCGCCGUGAAAAACUGGGUCUGCUGAAGAAUCGCUGUAGUGAAGAGAUCAUGGCAUGUGUCGAGGCGAAGGCGGCAGAACCGUACGCCAUCAUUGGACACGGUGACUGUUGGUCGAAUAAUAUGAUGUUCCAGUAUGGCGAUGAUGACAAAACGCCCACCAACAUCAAGCUGAUCGACUGGCAACUCUGUAGGUACGGCUCACCGGUGCUCGAUCUCGUGUACUUUAUCUUCAACUGCACCGACGAGGAGCUACGGGCCCACAGCUAUCAAAGGCUGCUCAGUCUGUAUUACAAUACUCUCGGUAUCCACCUGCAUCGGUUGGGGGGUGACGUUGAACGACAGUUUCCCAGGAGUGCGUUCCGUGACCAGCUGAAGAGAUUCGGACGGUACGGAUUGGUAAUGUCGUUCCUGGUACUGCCGAUCAUUUGCACUCCGAACGACGAGCUACCGGACACUGACUCAGCGAUGGAAGGUCUGAUGAAGGAUAUGGGCGGAACGGGAACCAAUGAAUUUGCGUGGGGAACGACGGAAAAGGCUACGGCCCGAUAUCAAAAACGAAUGUCGGGCACAAUCCGUGAUAUCAUUCGGUUCGGGUACAUUUAG